AUGCUGUGCCGCCUGCAGGGUCGCUGGCUGCGCUCGCCGCGUCCCCGGCUGCGCCAGGCCCUGGGCGCCCGGCUCCCGGCAUGGACGGCGGCGGCGGCGGCCGCGGCCCCCGACGGCUGGUACGAGACCCUGGCCGCGUCGGCGCCCGUGCGCGCGGCCGAGCAGGUGCUGCUGGGCGCGCACGCCGCGGGUCUGCCGUGGUGGGGCAGCGUGGUGCUGUCCACCGCCGCGCUGCGCGCCGCCGUCACCCUGCCGCUGGCCGCCUACCAGCACUACAUCCUGGCCAAGGUGGAAAAUUUGCAGCCAGAAAUAAAAACCAUUGCCAGGCAUCUUAACCAAGAAGUUGCCAUGCAUGCACGCCAGUUUGGGUGGUCCAAAAGAGUUGCCAGGCUCACUUAUUUAAAGAACGUGAGGAGGCUCGUGUCGGAGCUGUAUGUCCGCGACAACUGCCACCCUUUCAAAGCCACUGUACUCGUCUGGGUUCAGCUUCCAAUGUGGAUCUUCAUGUCUGUUGCUCUCCGGAAUUUCAGCACAGGGACAACACGUUCAGAAGGUUUUUCUGUUCAGGAGCAGCUGGCUGCUGGGGGGGUCCUGUGGUUUCCUGACCUCACCGCCGUGGACUCUACGUGGAUUCUGCCCAUCUCCAUUGGUAUCACUAAUUUGUUAAUAGUGGAGAUAUCUGCUCUUCAGAAACUCGGCAUGUCUCGAUUCCAAACGUACGUGACACACUUUAUCCGCGCUCUGUCAGUGUUGAUGGUCCCCGUGGCUGCAACAGUACCUUCGUCGCUGGCUCUCUACUGGCUGUGCUCCAGCCUCAUUGGCCUAUUACAGAACCUGCUGCUGCGUUCUCCUGGGUUUCGUCGGCUUUGCCGGAUACCUCUGACCAAGUCUGAUUCAGACACUCCUUAUAAAGACCUCUUCACUGCCUUUUACACCAAGUUCAUUUCAAGAAAAUGAGGACAGUUGUUCUCCAGAGGUUUUGAGAUAUAAGUAUCUCUUAUCACUUCCAUGUAUUUAAGAUUUAGAAAUUCAGGUAAUAUUAAAUACCUGCCCUUACUUAGAAAUCAUGAGCUGGCUGUGGUGGUGCAUGCCUUUAAUCCCAGCACUUGGGAGGCAGAGGUAGGAGGAUCGCCGUGAGUUUGAGGCUACCCUGAGACUACAUAAUAAAUUCCAGGUCAGCCUGGGCUAGA